UUGGAGUAUCUAUGAUUAUAAACAUAUGGCAAUGAUUGUGCCACUGGGCAAUGAAGAUAACAACUUGGGUGUAACGUUAUAAUACAUUAUGUGAAAAUAAAAUGUUGAUAGCCAACUCAGCCUUAAUUAGCUAGGUUUCUAACACGUGAUCCAAGAGGUUGUGAAAGUUAAAAAUGUUGUACAUCUAGCUAGUUAAUGUGCCUGUCACCAUAUUCAGCUGCUUGCCUCAUUUAAUUUUCCCUCUGGAUGAGGGAUAGCUGGCUAGCUAACGUUAGCGCAGUUAAGUAGGCUAGCUAACUAGCUAAAUUAACGCGCUAGCUGACAAGCCAGGCUAGAUAGACAACUUCCACCGACUAUCAAGCUGACCAAAACCACAGCACAGGUAGAAAAAUAACGUUACUUAACGUAAGGCUAAGGCUUCUUUUGUUAUUUUACUCGUAUUGUAUUUCGUGCAAGUUAGUCUACAGUUAGCUAGCUACGUAAACAGUUUUGUAUUGUUUCUGAGGGGGGUACCAUUUGAUUGUGACAACGCCUGCUGGGUGUAACAUGGUAAAGAUUCCUCUCGUCCAUUGUUGUCAAAACAUUAUUUGUAGCUAGCUAGUUACUGACACGUCCACGGCGAGUAAUUAACCAUCACAGGUAACUACUAUUACUUUGAGUUAUUUUCUUUUCUUUGUAAUACAUUUUCAGAUAAUACGAUCAUUUUGCUAUCCUUAAAAAAAACGUUUAAAUCACGGGUUGUCUACCUUGCUAACUAGCUAAGUUGCAGUGAUGGUACUGGAAAUUUGACUCGAAUAAUUAGCUAACAAUGAUUUGGGGGUAAUACAUGCCUUCGUGAUCCAGCUGGUCAUUCUGUCCCUGCCAGCUAGUGAAAACGUAUUUUUUACUGCCCUCACCAUAGGCACCUGCAAUCAAUAUGAAUGUGGUUGAGUUCCUCGUGUCCCUGUUGGAUGUGCAUAAACAACAGCUGAAAGCUCUGACCAGACAGGGGGAGAUCCAGGCCAAUGUCCUCAGCCAGCUGGUCAAGGAUGGUUUAACCAAAACCCUUGACCGGUCUUCACCGCAGGAUGAAGAGGAACAGAGAAGGCCUAGGAUGACACCAGGGAGAGAUAAAGACCCAGAGGACUGGGGUGCUAGGCUGGCUGGGCUGCUGCAAGAGGAGACACAGAAGGAGAGUCAACCGAUCAGACCCCAGGGGUUGUCUAAUGCCUUCCAGACCAGGGUACAGGGACAGAUGUGGACUGUGGAGGACAAGAGCAGGCAGGACUUCCUGUCUCUGAGGUACGACCCCCAGAAGGGAGCCAGAGAGCUGGGGCAGAGGCUUGACUCAGCUGCUAAGCACUGGCUUAGGCCUGACCUAAGGACUGCUGCACAAGUAGAGCAGUGUGUUGCCAUGGAGCAGUUUCUGUCCAUCUUGCCAAAGGAGGCUGGUGCCUGGGUGCAGAAGCAGCAACCCAGGGAUAUGGAGGAAGCAAUCAGCAUGGCUGAGCAGCGGCUUGGGUCUGGGGUCUUCACCGUCUCCUCGCCUGCCCCUACACAUACAGACACAGCACAGAGCUCAACAGAGGCACAAGAACAAGGCCUGGAGAUUCCUGACAUGGGGGUGGCCAGCUAUCAGGAGGAGAAGGACGAGCAUAAGGGGGUCCCAGAGGAAGGGUCCAUAUUUGUGUGUAAGCAGGAAAUCGAGGACCCUGACUGGCAUCAGAAGAGUGCUCCUCCAAAGCCCAUCCAAAUGUCUGUGAGCACAACAGGACAUGAAAGCAUGUCUGUUGACACACCUUACAUCUUCCUUUCCAGAAACAACCCUCUCUCCUCCACCAUGUACACGCAUCCAACACCCACAGUGUCUAGUCAGAUCCCCUCCCCACAGUCACCCCUAGCUCCUGAUGCCUAUCAUCCACAGGUCCAGGACAGCCCAGUGAUAGACAGACUGCGGAGUAAUGCUUCUAGUGACGAGACGGAGCUAACUGCCAGGUACACAAGGCUAAUCUCUGAAGACGGACAGUUGACCUGGGGGACCCCCCCGAGUGUUCCUUCACCCUCCUUCCACACUCGCCCGCCAUCACCCUCGCCCUCCCACCAGUGCCCAGACUGUGGCUGCUGCUUCGCCCAGCAGAGGAACCUGGAGGAGCACAGGAAUAUUCACACGGGAGCGAGGCCCUUCGUCUGUGGGGUGUGUGGGAAGGCCUUCUGCCACCGCCGCACCCUGAACAAACACACACGCAUCCACUCCUGGGAGAGACCCUUUCAAUGUACGGACUGUGGACAGACCUUCAAACUCAAAGACACCAUGAAGAGGCACCAGGUUUCCCACAGCAGGCCAGGGGUAGGGCCAGGGGCACAUCACCGCUCUCACUCACCCUGAUACUCCAACUAUCAGCACUUCACCUGGCUGGGAGGAGGCCUCGUGAGAAUCAACACACAACAAGGACUUGAAGUAGGACUGGUCAGGUGGCUUUCUCUGUAAAUGUUCUACGUAGGUAGAUUUAUUGGUGAGAAAGCUACCAGUGUUUUCUGUUGGCGUGUUCCAUAAGAGGAAACUGCUUUGUGUUUCACAGGUGAACUGGUUGGUGGAACAUCUCUCCCAUGUUUCCAUGUAAACAAGCUCAAAUUACUUGUAAUUUAUGUAUCCUUUUUGUUUUUUGCAGAUGUCCUUGAUCCAAGAUAGAGGUAUUUCAUGCAUUUUCAUAUUGUUAUAGUUCAUCUUUAAUUAUUUAUUAUUUUUUUGUGAUCAUGGUAGUGUUUAUUUUCAGAACCGAGAUCAGAAAAUAUUGUGUAACAAUGUACUGUAUUUAUUUUUAGAUUCAAUAAUGUUAUUUUAUGCAUAGGCUAGGCCUGUAUGUACAGUGGGGAGAACAGGUAUUUGAUUCACUGCUGAUUUUGCAG